CUCCUCCGUAAUUUACCGCAAAGGAGAAGCAGCAGCCAGACGGCAACAAGAAGAAGAAGAAGAAGGGGCAGACAGAGACUGUGCUUCUUCUUGACCUAUCCUAUUCAUACAUCUCCAGACAUCCUCCUUUUCUCCUCCUCCUCUCACCAGCCACUGAUCCGACCACAAGAUGGCUUUCCGCUCUACCGUCCCCCGACUGGCCAAGAAUGCUGCGCUAGACGCAGUGCUCAAGAAGAGCCCCUCGGACGUGGUAUUCACUACCGCACUACGGACACCCAUCGCCAGGAUGAACAAGGGCUUCAAACACGCCUACCCAGAGGAGCUCCUGGCCCACGUCUACCAGCGCACCCGCGAGCGUCUGGAAGCUCGCGGUGUCGACAUCUCCAUCAUCGAGGACAUCUGUGCCGGCACGGUCCUCGCCGAGCUGGGCGGUGCCAAGUCCGGCCGUCUAGCCGCGCUGCACGCGGGGAUGCCCAUCACCUCUGCCUACCGCACUACGAAUCGGCAGUGUGCCUCUUCCGUUCAGUCCAUUACCGACAUUGGGUCUGCUAUCCAAACAGGCGCAAUCCGAGUGGGUAUUGCAGCAGGAUUUGAGAGUAUGAGUAAAGAUUGGGAGACAAAGGCGAUCCCCGUGAAGCUCUCGCCAGCAAUGGCAAAAUCGCCCAAUCAGGAUGCAAGGGACUGUCUGAUGAGCAUGGGUAUGACUUCGGAGAAUGUAGCAGAGCGCUUUGGUGUUGGUCGUCAGCGCCAGGACGCCUUUGCGGCUCAAUCUCACGCCCGCGCUCAUGCUGCUCAGGAGGAUGGCAGGUUGGCUCAGGAGAUUGAACCCAUCGAGGUGCGCUGGGUGGAGGAGGAUGGGACAGAGACUACACGCCUGAUCUCCAAGGACGAAGGGAUCCGCCAUGGCACUACAGCCGAGAAGCUCUCUCAGCUCAAGCCCGUCUUCAAGCCCGAUGGAUGCUCCACUGCGGGAAAUUCUAGCCAAGUCUCGGAUGGAGCAGUGGCACUGACCAUGGCUAGGAGGGAUGUGGCCGAGGCGGCUGGUAUGGAAAUCCUGGGCAAGUGGGUAGCAACGAGCACAAUGGGUGUCAAGCCAGACGAGAUGGGAAUUGGACCCGCCAGGUCAACGCCUAAGCUCCUUACCAGGCUCGGACUGGACGUAAAGGACAUUGACCUUUGGGAGAUCAACGAAGCCUUUGCCUCUCAAGCACUCAUGACCCUCGAUGCGCUCAAGAUUUCCGAAGAAAACGUAAAUGUAAAAGGAGGCGCCAUUGCUCUAGGCCAUCCACUCGGCGCAUCCGGCGGACGAUUGACGACGAGUCUUUUGAGUGAACUUCGUCGUACGGGAAAACAGACGGGAGUGGUCAGCUUGUGCUGCGGAACUGGGUAUGGAGUUAGUGCAUUGAUCGUUGCGGAGUAG